GUGCGCCAGAGCCGCCCGCACGUGCUGCCACCGCACCGUUCCGUGCCGCCGCCACCGGUGCCAUGAGCUGCCCGGUGACGUGCACUGCCUGGGUGCGCUGCGGCGUCGCCAAGGAAACGCCGGACAAGGUGCAGCUCAGCGAGGAGGAGCUGAAUCGUCUCAUCGGGGAGGCCCAGGACAGGCAGGGGGAUGGCGCUGGUGGUAGUAAUGAGGACCAGAUGGCAUGUGGCACAACUGAUGCCACUCCUGGCACAGCUAAGUCUUCUCAUCAAAGUGAAGACCAGUCCGAUCACGAACUCGAUGAAUAUGAUUUGGACAACUACGAUGAAGAGGAAUGCACAGGUGAUCUGAAACUGGGAGACACUUUGGCUACUCUGGCUGUAUAUGGGAGUAAUGAGCAUGAUCCAUACAUCACUCUGAAAACCACCGAUCAAUACGAACAGGAGGACUUCUUGAUAAAGCCCAGUGACAAUCUUGUCCUUUGUGGCAGAGUUGAUAAGGAUUACUGUAGUUUGGAGGUCCAUGUAUAUAAUCACGAAGAAGACUCAUUUUAUGUACACCAUGAUAUUAUCUUGCCUGCUUACCCUCUAAGUCUGGAGUGGUUGAAUUUUGAUCCCAGUCCUGAGGAAUCACUAGGAAAUUACGUUGCGGUGGGUAACAUGACUCCAGUUAUUGACAUUUGGGACCUGGAUGUAGUGGAAUCCUUGGAACCAGUCUUUUCUCUUGGAGGCAAGAAAGAGAAAAAGACAAAGAAAAAAGGAAAGAAAAGUUUAUCUUCAGAGGGGACCCUGAAAGGACAUACUGAUGCUGUGCUUGAUCUUUCGUGGAAUAAACACAGCAGGAACGUUUUAGCAAGUGCAUCUGCUGACAAUACUGUGAUUUUGUGGGACAUGUCUGUGGGCAAGCCAGCAGCCAGCCUGAUGCUACAUACAGACAAGGUCCAGACAUUGCAGUUUCAUCCAUUUGAAACUCAGACCCUUGUUUCUGGAUCGUAUGAUAGAUCAGCUGUGCUGUACGACUGCAGAAACCCACAGGACAACCAUCGAAUAUGGCGCUUCAGUGGGCAGGUUGAAAGAGUGACUUGGAAUCAUUUUUCACCUUGUAAUUUCUUGGCAAGCACAGAGGAUGGCUUUGUGUACUGUCUGGAUGCUCGUUCUGAUAAGCCGCUCUUCACUCUGAAAGCUCACAAUGGAGAGGUGUCAGGGCUACAGCUAAGCAGCCAGAUCAAAGGGUGCCUUGUGACAUCAUCUGCUGACAAAUUCGUGAAAAUCUGGGAUAUCCUGGGGGACAGACCGAGUUUAAUCCAUUCCAGGGAUAUGAAAAUGGGUGUUCUCUUCUGUGCAGCUUGCUGCCCUGACUUCCCUUUUGUUUUUGCCUUCGGAGGGGAGAGAGAAGGGCUGCGUGUUUGGGAUAUAAGCAAGAUUUCUGCAGUGAAUGAAGUUUUUGGAAACAGACAGAGACUUGUGGCUGGCACCAGCUCUGUGGCUUGCAGCUCCACAGCCGGCAGUAGCAGCAAAGACUCAGAGACAGCAAUGGAGUCGUGAUGGACCAAAUGUCAACAAGAUCAAAGUAAUUAUUGGGACUACAACUGAUGUGUAUUCUACAAAUCUCUCUGUUUGGGGAGAAUUCAUAGAAAUUGCUUGAGUGUCUUGCAAUCUGCAGGUUUCUUUCUCUCAGACAGACACAGGGUGAUGUGGUUAGCUCAAAGUCAGCAGUUUCUGAGUUCCUGCCUGUGUUACUGGCUUUGAAAUACUAAAUCACUUGCUUUUGCCUGAGACGAUGAUCUCUGACACAGAGGCUACUGUAUGUAAAGCUGAUACAUGAAAUGAAAGAGUCACUCGAAAAGCAUUCUGCUGCUGCCAGAAGUUUGCACAAUACUGCGAGGAAGGUAACUAUCUUCAAAGGGCAUAAAGAGAAAGACUUUAGGCAACAAUUGUGUAACAAAUACACAAAA